GACUCUGGUACAAGCUUCAUUUUCACUUCCUCCGUCGAAGGGUGCAGACGAAACAUACGUAAACAAAGCAACGUGUGUCUAUUCCACUGUUCAUCAUAACUGGGUAUGACUUGUAACCGGAAUGCCAGGCCUGUCGAAACCUGACCGCUUUCUUUUAUUGUAUGGGACACAGACUGGUCAAGCUGAAGCCAUUGCCAAGGAAAUAGCAGAAAAGGCAGAUGCACAAGGCCUCAAGGUUGAUAUUCAUGACCUUGGCAAAACAGAGAAAAAGUUUAACAUAGAGAGGGAGACAUGUGCAGUGAUAGUUACCUCCACAACUGGCGAUGGAGACCCUCCAGACAUGGCCCUCAAGUUUUUUCGAAGACUGAAGAAAAAGACAUUGCCUGAUGAUUACCUGGUCAACCUCAAAUAUGCAUUGUUAGGACUUGGAGAUUCCAAUUAUACAAACUUCUGUAAUGCUGGUAAAACUUUAGAUAGCCGACUUGAAGAGCUUGGAGCAAAGAGGUUUUACCCUUCAGGCUGGGGAGAUGAUGCAGUAGGGCUUGAAGUAGCUGUAGAGCCAUGGAUGGAAGGGCUUAUUCCAGCUCUCUGUCAAUUACUUGGACACCCUUAUAAAGAAAUUGAGGUAGGUCUUUGUAGUGUCAAGGCCUCAGGUGAUAACAAGUCCCAAACUGAAAAUUCAUCAAAAAGUGACAUUUCUAAGGAGAUGGAAAAUUCGGAAUAUUUGAAAGAUGAACAUAAAACAGAAGCAAAUGGAGAUACAUUUCAAAAAAACAUGAGCAAUAUAAGAAAAGAGGAGGGAGCAUCUGGUGGACUAUCAAAUGAUAAGAUCAAGAAGAGCAGUGUAUCCGAAGUUGAAUAUGCCACCCUACAAACUUCAGUAUUACCAUUGAGUGGGGAAGCACUUGCGAUACCAGCACUGUCUCAAGCCUAUCUUAGUCUGGAAUACCUCAACACAGAGAUGGAAGACAACAAUAUUGGUGAAACAAUAAUCCAAAAUGGAGUCCCAUUUCCUUCUGCUGCUUCAUCUGUAACUAUGGCAACAGUAUUAUCUAGCACUGUGAUGACACAUCCAGAGGCUUUAAAGAAGACCAUCAGUCUACGUCUGGGCAUUGAGGAAUCUCCAUUUGACUACCAGCCGGGGGACAGUAUCUCUGUUGUGUGUUCUAACAGUGAAGAGGAGGUCACAAGGAUCCUGCACAGACUUGAUUUGGUGGAUAAGGCAGACAGAGUGUGUCAGUUUUCCAUUAUCCCAAACACCAAGAAAAAGAACCCAACAAUACCACAAUAUUAUCCUCCAGUCAGCUCACUUCGUUACAUACUGACCACGUGUGUUGACCUCCGAGAACCCCCAAAGAAGGCCUUUAUCCGUACACUGGCAGAAUACACAUCAGAAGAACAAGAGCGAAGACGACUACAGGAGCUAUGUAGUAAACAAGGCAGUUCAGACUACUCACACUUUAUACGUGAGGCUGGUGUUGGUCUACUCGAUCUCCUCAUGACUUUCACCUCGUGUAAUCCACCUGUAGAAAGACUUCUGGAACAGUUACCCAGAUUGCAGCCCAGGCCCUAUUCCGUGUGCAGUUCUCCUGUAGCUGAACCUGGUGUAUUGGAGGUGGCCUUUAAUGUUGUGGACAUCCCUAGUGGUGAUGGUCGCACGUUUGACAGAACUGGAGUGUGUACAGGAAUGCUUGAUAGAUUAACAAGUUCUAUACAGAGGCCCUAUACAGACCAUUGUCCGUCAUCAGAGGACGGUGACAUUAGUGAUCAAGUUGCAAACUUGCAAUUGUCACCUUUGAAGCUUCCUAUAUUUGCACGGACCAACCAACACUUCCAUAUGUCCGAUGACCUAACGGUACCACUGAUCAUGGUGGGACCAGGGACAGGGGUAGCUCCAUUCAUUGGCUUCUUGCGUCAUAGAGAAGCUCUCCAUGCCAAGAUGGCUGACCCUACUAUGUAUGGAGAUACCUGGCUCUUCUUUGGCUGUCGUCAUAGAGACAAAGAUUACUUGUACAGAAAAGAGUUAGCAAGAUUUGAAGAAACUGGAAUCUUAACAAGGUUGUGUGUGUGCUUCUCACGUGAUGAACUAGACUCUGAUACGCCACGUUAUGUGCAGGACAACAUUUGUAGACAUGCUGUAGAGUUAGUUCCCCUGAUUGACAAAGGCGCCAAAAUAUUUGUGUGUGGGGAUGCUAAAAAUAUGGCAAAGGAUGUGAAUGAGGCUGUUAUUAAAUCGUUACAGGAAGUUAAAGGUCUUGAUACUGAGGAGGCAAAGAAACAAGUGAUGAGAUUACGGCUAUACAAAUUCUACUUGGAGGAUGUGUGGACUUAAAAGGCACUGUGGACGUGGAUGAAUAAGUUGUAUAGUGUGGUUUCUCCUGAAUUCAUCAACUAUUUAUACAGUAUAUGAACUGUUACUAUGUUGAAACAACAUAUUGUCCUGAUAUCAGCCUAGUUUUCCUGGUCUGUAAUAGUAAUUACGUUUUCUUAGGGCUUUAACAGUUAAUAAUUAUUCACACCAUAUAGGGACUAUAGAUUUGUCAAACAGGGGCCACCAAGAAAAGUGAUAUUAACCAAUAUCAUAGCAGCAUUUCUCUAGCAGACAACUUACAUAGAUUCUCUUCAUUUAUUAAGAUAACAUAGGGGAUAGAUGUUUUACUGAAAUAUCACACCUUUAAUUUGUAAAUUUUCAAAUUUCAUUAAGAAGAUAAACUGAACAAUGAAGAGAUAAACUGUGGCUAUAUUCUGUCAGUGGAACUUCCUUCUUCAAAUCAAAUUUCAUUGACAUUACUAUUUUGCAAACAAAAAAUAGGAAUUAUUUGAGCUGAUAUAUUUAUUGAUCAACAUGCAAAACACACCCAGUGUUAUUGGAAUUUAAAUGAGACUUAGGUGUUAAGGUCAUUUUCAAAGAUUUUUUUUAAAUCAGCCAAACGUAGUAUAUGUUUUGGUUGGAGGGUAUUCAACUGAAAUCAUGGCAAAAAAAAAGUUCUGUAAGCUUGAAUGAUUUUGAGAAAAUCAUUUUUUAAUUGAUGGUAAUAAUUGGUAAAACCUUAUACCGAAAAUCUGAUCUUUUAAAAAUAUUGCUGGUACAUAUCAAUCAUAAAAAAAAUUAAUCAUACUGAAUACAAAACUAACUUUUUACUGUUUUUUAACUAGAAAUAUUUUAAUAUAUACAUAUACAGUUUUGUUUAUUGGUACUCUUGUUAUUUUCAUCAAUGCUGAUAUUAAAAUCUCUUUUUUCUGUAAAGUAUUUUUCAAUCUAGUCCUAUUUUUGUAAAUAUAUGUACACGAAAUACUACGACACAUAAAAAAUAAAAAUAACAUAUAUUAAAAGUUUCGUGUGACCUUA